AUGAUAGACCCAGCCUCAAUCGCGGCUGCCGUUCAUCUGUGUGAAGAUCUCAGUGCACCGCUUCAGAUUAGUUUGGCAUGGAAUCGGGGCGGCUCGAAAGGACGACCCAGCCAGCAUUCCAUUCAUCCGAAUAUUCGUCAACACAGACUUUACGGCUUUGCUUCCAGCCUGUUUUCAGAACCACGGCUUCAAGGUCACCUGGUAGACCAAUACAACAGGGACGUGCGCAAAUGGCUUCGCCGCCCCGUCGAGCCGCAGAAGAAUACACACGGGCGACCGGGACGCAAGGGGCAACCAGAUGAGUUGGAAAGCUUCAUACCCAUUACCCCUUCCACGCAGCUCUUGCUGAUGGCGAUUCAUCAGCUUUCGACCUUCAUGGGCUCCGCCACCUCACGGAGCCCGUUGGUAGGUCUUGGCUGGGACUCGCUGAUUGUCCUCUUGGUACUUCUCAACUUCUUCGUGAUCCGGGCUGUGGCUGGCCGCCUUCUCAACAGGGAGGCCGUUCAGCGCACGAAGGACCACGAAGCAGCCCCGGACUCUCGAGACCAGGGCGAAAAUGGCUCCAUUACGGAGGAGACGAGGCGUGUGGGCGCUGCAGAGGAGGCAUUUUGCAAGAAAGUGCUUUCAUCCAUACAGCUUGGCGAUAUUGCUGGGUCGACUGCGGCCUUUCAAGAGGCCGUCCAGGAGCUCUCGCUUUUCAGCCGAGCACCAGCCCUCCUUAUGAAGUGUUUGAAGGUGGCAAGUGCGCAAGGUACUGCAACCUUAGCUUGGGACUUGUAUUGUGCGACCAAAGAGCACAUGGAAUAUUCCAGGGGCUUGUACCACACCUUACUCACUGUUCUGGCCAAAAGCGAUGAUCCAGAUCUUCCGACAAGUGUGAUUCGUGACAUGACAUUGCAAGACGUAGAGCCAGACUCUUCCACCUAUGCCUGCUUGAUCCGCGGGCAGCUUUCCAGAGGCGGCUUGGAGAGUAGUGUGCAGAUGUUGGGUCAGAUGCGGCGACGAGGUGUAGCACCAGACAUCGCAACGUUCCAUGCAGUGCUGGAGGCUUGUGCACACAGGCAGUUGCCUAUGCUUGCCGAGCAAAUCCUCAGCGACAUGGAAGAAACCGGGAUUGCCCCUUCCUCGACAACGGUAGCAUUGCUGAUACGCCUGCACAGCUGCUGUGGUGACCUGGGGGCUGCAAUGCGAGUCUUCAGGGAGCUUCCUCCCAAGUACGGCCUCAAACUUGACGCUCCCGUGUACGGAGGCCUUGCGGCAGCCUGCGUAGCAGAGGGCGAGCUGGCACAGGCCUUUCAGAUCUACGACCAAAUGUCUGCGGCUGGAUGCCACGCAGAUGCUUCAUUGUACAAGAUGUUGCUGAGUGGCAGCCUUCAGCAAGGAGACCUGGAUCUGGCGGCAAGGUGUUUGGACGAUGCUUUCCUCAGCAGCUGCCCGGUGGGCCUCCCCAGAGUGUUGGCUUGCUGUGUGGUUUUCCCUGGCCAGAACUGGCAUUACCACAAGCUGGAGUGUGGGAGCCGCUGCUGGCCGUUUUUUUGGUUCGCCUUGCAGGCCGCAUGUGAAUGUGAGUCGGUUUCUGUGGAUGAGCUCUCCGCGAACUUCAUAGACUCUCUGGUGCACACGCCCGGCGACCGGCUCCACUUCGCCUGGAAAAAACAAGGCAAAUUGCCGAUUAUGCCGGGAAGACACUCAAGGAUUGCAUAUGUACUCCAGCGUACAUCAGACAAGUGUGUUGCGAAAGAAGCCCCAGCCUUUCUCGGACCAGGAGCCGCCGGACGGCUUGUAGAACGAGAAUCAUGCCAAUGGAAAGAUGUUGACGUCUACAGGAUGUUUCUGCAUUUCAGACACGUCAUCUCCGGUGGCGGUGCUGAGGUCACAACUUUCAUUGAAUUCAGCCCGGUCACAUGCGUCUCAUUUUCACGGCGUCUCUGGGCAGUCCGGACGACGUUUCACGAAAGGCAUGACAUCAGACAGUUUCGGAAAGAAGGAGGCUUUGAAAGCUUGGAGAUCAACGUCAUGGCAGGGGGGAACUGCUGCCGGUCCGCUGAGAUGAGGCGUUACAAGGCAAGCAGGGCAAGUUUUCGAAGCUUCUUGAUCGCAUUUGCCGGACUACUUGGUAGCCUCCACAUCACCAGUUUCCUGGUGCCGCUUGGGCACAGAGCGCAGAGAGGCGCCGAAGCCGAGCAAGAGAAAGCAAGCCGAAGGCAUGUUAUCAGCCUGGCUCCUGCAGGCCUUGCCACAGCAGGCUCGUUUCCGAUGCCGGCUGAAGCUGAAGAGGAUGCUCCAAAGCUCUCGGCAAACUGGCCGGCGAAGGAUGGUGUACAAUUUCUGCGUUUCUACGAAGAGCAGUACAAUGCUGAACGGGAUGACACUCGGCGGACACCUCAGUUCAUCAAGGCUAUCCAAGAAAGAAUACGCGGCCGUGAUGGCAUGACAGUGCUGGACAUUGGGACGGGCCCCUUCGCAUUGUUCGCCACUGUGGCUGCUAGGGCUGGUGCAAAGAAGGUCUAUGCUGUUGAAGGCAACCCAGAGGCUGCCGACAGAGCGCGAGCCUUUCUGUUAGAGCAGGAGGAUAUUCCCGAAGGCGUGAUUGAGGUGAUUGAUGGAUUCUCGACUGCGGUGACCCUCCCAGAAAAGGUGGACCUUGUGUUGGCAGAGGUCGUCGGAGCUUUUGCCACUCAGGAGAACAUUCUGGCCUCCAUGAAGGAUGCACAGAAGCGGCACAUGAAGGACCCGAACAACCCGGAGAAUUACAUUCCUGCCAUCGUGCAGACUUGGACUGCUCCUGUCAGCUAUGCCCUCCAUCCAGUGCUGGCUCCUCCAAAGUUCGAGAAGCUCCAGGGCCAGCCGCUGACCUUGAAUCCCCGGGACCGUACAUUGGAGUUGAUCUCUGAUCCUCAGGUUCUGGAGGAGAUCCGCUUUGGUGAGGGAGAGCUACCAGCUGGGCGCUGGGAGCAGAAACCUUUGAACUUUAAGGUGAUGGAAGAUCGCAUCCGAGCCAACUAUGACCAGUACUUUGAGGCGUUGACGACAAAAGAAGAUACAAAGGCUGAUUCUGCCAGGCCUUUGGCAAAGCAGACAGCUGAGAGCUUCUCCGGCAUGGCUAUAUGGCCUCGAUUGAUCUUGGAUCCAGCCGGGAAGAUCGUGGUGGAGUCCCGUGGGCUGAACGGCGAGCAUCAGAAGAGCCACUGGCCUACGCUGCUGGCGCUCAUGUCGCCGACACCGGUUCCUGUCCAGUCCGGCGACGUCUUGAAAAUCUCAGAAUCUGCGGAACUGGCGCGGGAUCUUCUGAGACCCGAUGAAGAUAGUUCCUAUGCUUGCCUCCUGUCCCAGCAGUCUUACAUCAAAAGUUUAAGUCGCAGUUUGCUCAUGGUGGUCCUGGCCUCCUUUGAUAAAAUCACCUCCAUCGCGCUCUGCAUUAGCCUUUGCACUGACAAGGAGUUCAUUGAGCUGAGGGAGUCAUGGGAAGGUGUGCUUGUUGUGCAGUCCAUCAUAAUCUUGUUUGUUGUCUACGUGCUGCUGUGGAUUUUCACAGCAAGAGGCCGCGCAAACGCGCAGGUGCAAGCCGACAUCGACUACGUGGGCGACUUCGUGUGGCCCAACGGCGCCCCUGACAUGGCGUCUGCAACACCGAGGCCAGAAGGAGAUCGUCUCGCUUCUAACUUGGCGGUGCGAAUCUCACUGGCUUAUAUGCAGUUGUUCUCGAUCCCGUACUUAGUGACGGACGUUGUGCAGUUGUGCCACCCUCGAAAGGGUGCCAUGCGAUACGCCGCGCUAAGCCAUCGUGGCAAGGUCCCCCGAGUUUUUGCCCUAGGCUACGUCAACAAGGUAAUGUUCCAGUUUGAGGAGACUGUAGGCAUCCUCACCCAACUGCCGAAUUUGGCACUUGUAAAGCUGCCCUGCAUGGCGAUGAAGGUCUACAUGUUCGUUUCGCUGAAGCGCAGCGUCCUCGUUCUGGUGAGCGCAUUGUGGGACUUCCUGUUGUUUGUGGUGAAGGCAAGUCUCGGCUUGAUCCUGUAG